UCAGUUGACUCAGUUGACUCAGUGACUCAGUGGACGGGUUUCGGAUCGACCGCGCCGCUCAGCUGCUCUCCGAGACCAAGCGUCACCUCACCGGCCAAAAACAUGUCCAAACUGGAGCAGAUCCUUAUCCUAGAUCCCCCCACCGACCUGAAGUUCAGAGGUCCUUUCACAGAUGUCGUCACUGCUAACCUGAAGCUCAAGAAUCCGUCAGAGAGGAAAGUAUGUUUCAAAGUGAAGACCACAGCGCCGCGCAGAUACUGCGUACGGCCGAACAGCGGCAUCAUCGAGCCCGGGGCCACGCUCACCAUCUCAGUUAUGCUGCAGCCGUUUGAUUACGACCCCAAUGAGAAGAGUAAACACAAGUUCAUGGUACAGACCAUCUUCGCCCCCGCAGCCGCUACAGACACAGAAGCCAUGUGGAAAGACGCGAAACCCGAUGACCUCAUGGAUUCCAAACUCAGAUGCGUCUUUGAGCUGCCGUCUGAAAACGAUAAAGUGAACGACGUUGACUCCGCCUCUAAAUCAGCGGCGGUUCUGAACUCCUCCAAAGUGGACGGGUCGGUGUCGGUGAAACCCGUCAACGUGGCUCUGGACGACUCUGAGAUGAAGAAGAUCCUGGAGGAGUGCAGACGCUUGCAGACGGAGGCCAGCAAGCUGAACGAUGAGAACCGCCGGCUCAAGGACGAGGGUCUGAGGCUGAGGAGGUUCCAGCGCAGCGAACACGUCACGAUGAACUCCAGCUCUGCUCUGGGUCACGAGUCGAGAGCCGGAUCUCUUCCCUCGCUGCUCGUCGUCAUCGCAGCCGUCUUCAUCGGAUUCUUCCUCGGCAAGUUCAUCCUGUAGAGCGACUCCCGCUCUCUCUGUUUGGGUUCAUCCGCUGUUUUCUGUUGAGGGAUGGAUGGAUGUUAGAGCCAUGAACUGCUGUAUCCAGCGAGAUCUGAAAGUCUUCCCCUCAAACUCGUUUCGUUUCACUCAAACUCCCAUCGAAAGUGUAAAUGUGGUUUUAAUCUUCUGAUCGAACAGGAGAGCCUCCUUCUGUGCAUUCGUUCUGCUUCCGUUCCUAACGACACCAACGCAGACUGUUUUAUUACUGUAAUUAUCAUUUAUUGAUUAUAUUAUUAAUGUACUUUCUCUCAGAGCGAUGUGUUCACUUUACUGUCUCAUACUAGACGACAUUGAAGAAAUAAAACGAAAGAAAAAACUGAGCCUGUCUUUCAUUCGUUAGAUUCAUGUUGCGUUUCUGUAAUUAAUUCAGCUUGGACUUCUGGUUUUGGCUUCUGUGAAUGUUAUACUGAAGGAUGAAUGUGAUUAAAAUGAUUAAAAUGAACUUUUUCUCCA